UGUCCAACGCAACUCCAAUUCAUACUAAUUCAAUAUCUUGCUACUAUGACAUGUUCGUGUUGAGACAACAUUCAUAACCAAAGAUAUGUCUUCAGAAAACAAUUCGAGAUCUGUAAAUACAGUUAUACAAGGUGCGACAAGACCAUCCGAUGACGCCGAUUCAUCCGAAGAAGAAACCCGAGAACAGCUCCAAGAUAAAGCAGACGAUGCAUUACUGAGAAAUAUCGGGUAUAAACCUGUCCUCCACAGGACAUAUGGAUUACUGGAAAACUUCUCCACGACAUUCGCUGCGCUUUAUUUUGUUGGUGGAGUGCGAGUGACUUUCAGUACUGGAAUCGCCGCUGGUGGAAAUUUGGCGUACUGGACAAGUUAUGUCAUCACCUGUGUCUUCACGUUCAUCACUGCUGCUGUCAUCGCCGAAAUUUGCUCUUCGCUACCGUCGGCCGGAUCAAUUUAUCUUUGGGCGGCAGAGGCAGGUGGGCCAAAGUAUGGGCGUUUGUUGGGAUUCAUUGUUGCUUGGUGGUCAACCACUGCUUGGACAACGUUCUGUGCCAGUAACACGCAGGCGGCUGUCAAUUACAUGCUUUCCGAAAUAACUGUUUUCAAAGUAAAUUUCCCGUCAGAUGCAAGCAGCAUCAAAUUCAGAGCAGUGCAAUGGAUAUGCACGGAAGUGAUGCUCGCACUUGCAGUUCUGGUGAACUUCCUACCUCCUCGGCUCUUCCGAUUCAUUUUCUACCUCUCAGGCUCUUUCGUAGUUCUAGACUUCAUCCUGAACCUCGUCUGGCUACCAAUCGGCACCGCAAACACCUACGGAUUCCGCACAGCUCAUGAAGCUUUCAUGACAACCUACAAUGGGACAGGUGCUCCUCCAGCCUGGAACUGGUGUCUGUCGUAUCUUGCGACUGCUGGAAUUCUGAUCGGCUUCGAUGCGUCUGGUCAUGUGGCUGAAGAGACGAAAAAUGCUUCCGUAAAUGCUGCCAAGGGAAUUUUCUGGAGUACGGUUGUCAGCGGAAUUGGGGGAUUCUUUACAAUAAUCUUACUUUUGUUCUGCGUGCCUGGACCAGAUGUUCUCUUCUCCUUUGGCUCACCUCAGCCAUUUGUUCCCCUCUACGCAGUAAUCCUCGGAAAGGGCGGUCAUAUAUUUAUGAAUAUCAUCUGCAUUACUGCUCUAUGGUUUAAUACAGCCAUCGCAGUCGUUGCAGCUUCACGUCUCGUAUUUGCCGUAGCACGAGAUGGCGUCCUCCCGUUCUCUGGCUGGGUCUCCCAAGUCUCCAGAGAAGGACAACCUCGAAAUGCUGUGCUAGUAAUCUGGAUAGUUGCUUCACUUGUCACAUGCACCAUCCUGCCGUCCUCGGUAGCUUUCACGUCUCUCAUCUCCGCAGCGGGUGUGCCGUCAGCGGCUGCAUAUGGAUUAAUAUGCUUUGGCCGAUUCUUCAUCACACCAAAUGAUUUCCCGAAAUCGCGAUGGAGUCUAGGCCGUUUGAGCAAGCCAUUCCAGCUUAUUGGGAUUUUCUGGAAUCUGUGGGUGGUAGCGGUCUUGUUUUCGCCCUAUGUCUUCCCAGUUUCAGGGCAGAACUUGAACUACGCUCCUGUAAUCAUGAGUGCCGUAACGGUCUUCGCUGUUUUGUCUUGGUGGUUCACGCCAGAAGAAAAAUGGCUGUCGAAACAGCAUAUCAAACAAAUUCUUGAGAUUCCAGGAGAAGGUCAAAUUGAAGGCAGAAAAACUGUCCAAGAAACUUUAAAACAAUAGAUCUCCACAAAGUUCCAGCAAGGGUAGUGCGAUAGCAGAAACUUUAUUCACAUAAUUCAGGCAGAUUUAAAGCUCGCCGGUAUGGAAUUCAUGAAUUGUUGAGUGGUCAACGACAGGGGCUUUCCAUGGUUUAAGCAGUUCUUUUCCAAUCCCGCAUUGUGUAAUUUCUAUCCUCAACUUGUGGACGACCGAGAACAAAGAUCUAUCAUUUUUAUCCGGUGAAAUAGUAAUUCCCAGAGCACUUCCCGGACUCAGCUUCUGUGUCUUUGUCUUUGUACAACACAAUUCUCACUCUCUUUGUCACUCCAGAUUUCGUCCAGCUUCCCACGAUUGUAUAUUGAUGAGUUAGAAGUCAUGCAUCGCG